UAGCUCAUCCUCGUCCUCAAAUCCACGCAGAAGCUGCAUCCGACGCUCCGACGCAAUUUUUUCUCGGACAGCUUGGGGGCAGUCGCCAUUGUAGGGGUCAUUGUCGGUGGUGCAUACAACAUAUACUCGCUUCCCUGUGCACGGGAGCUCGAUGGAGGAUUGGAAGAAUACUAACUGCAACAUGAGGCCCAAUAGUCCAAAUGCUUCUUAUUGUUGCACUUCGCUGAAUUACUCUUCCUUCCUUGCUUAUCCUUACUCGAGGUUGGCGACUACCAGUGACAAUUGAUUCAGCCUUAGUAUACAAAGCGCUGCGAUGGCUGCUCGGGCAAAGGCCUUGGUUUGCAUCCUCGGAAUUAAGUUCACUUAUUUCACAAUGGGCUUACAUUUCUCUGUAGCUCAAUCGGAAGCGGCAGUAGGAGAUGACUUUCGUCAAAUUCAUUCCCUUGUGCUCUCCAGGAGACUGCACCCUCCACGGAGGACACCAGGAAUGAUGUUGGUGACCAGCAUGUCUACCAUCUCCGACCCAUCUAAUGAUCGCGCUGACACUAAUUUUAUUAUUCCUCAGCUCACACCGACGGAUUCUGACGUGAACCGGAUCGGGUCUAGAGCAGACGUCCUGCAGUCCAUGGCUUCCGAUGCCCCAUCGACUAAACCAUCUCCUACCUCAUUGGUUCUUUCUUGGCAGCAAGCUGAGAAGUUGCGGUCUCAAAUGACGUCCCUGCAGAGGACAGUCGCUUCUGUUCGAAAUGAAACAAUAAUCUACGGAGUUCGAUCCGUCGCCUAGAAGCAUUUGAGACAGGCACUCAGUCCCACUUAAGGAGGGUUCUUCAAUCUCAGCUUCAGCAUGAACAGCAGCGUGCUCAAGAUGCAUUGAUGCGUGUAGAGGUGGUGGUCCAAGAGAAGUGGUUAUUGGAGGGGAUGUACCGUUCAAGUCAGGCACUAUGGUAUUCUGCAGUUGAAGUCGCAGGCCGAUGAGCUUCGACAGAAAUUUGCAGAG